GUACUUGACUGUGAGAACCUUUGUGCCAUCUUGUGGCCAGAUCACCUGAGAGAUCCAGAUAGUGACGCGUUAAAAUUCAAGCUGUACAUUGACACCACGCAGUCAGCAUCAACUGCCUGUUCUAGGGGAGAAAAGGCCAAGGGGAGUAUUGGUAUUGCUGCUGCUACAGAAUCAUCAUCGUCAUCCGCAGCAACACCAGCAGUGAUGCAUGACAUCCGACGGACCAGUGAAUUUGGUUGGUAUAUCUCUGUAAGGGAUGCAAGGCUCCUUGUGUCGCUUGAGAAAGUGUAUUCCAAUUCCCGUGAGACACAUAUGGAGGUCUCAUCUCAUGCUUGUUCUACUGCUGCUGCUGGUGGUAGCAAAGAUCAACAGUUGCUGGUGAGCCUGCAGGGGCAGCCUGGACCUGCGAUAUACGCAGACAUCACCUUGGAUCACCAGCAGCAGGCCACUGAAGGCGAUGGUGAUGCUCCAGGGAUCAUGCAGAUGUGGCCCUGUCCGGAUGCUCCUCAUCUUUCACCAGAGAGCUGCUACAUUCACAUACAAGACCAGAUGAUGGGGACAAAAUCACCGCGAGGCCGUGAAGAAGCUAGUACUAUUGAUGUGCCAGAAAUUGUAUCUCGUGCUGCUAAGAUCCUGCAUGUGCACGAUAGCUUGUUCAUCACUAGCAUCCCUUCGGCUACCAGCUAUCUGGGUUCAGAAUAACCUUUGUUUUAUAACCUAGAGUGGUGCAGAAUCGAGAGGUGCCCUGAACUGGAACAUGUCUUCUGUCCCAAAAGUGAGGAAACGCUUGGUGGCUUAUUAACGUAUAGCAUGAGAACAUUGUGGGCGUCAAAGCUCCCGAAAGCACGCUAUAUCUACAAACGGACAUCAUCAUCCGGCUUUUACCGUUCAUUUCCAUACCUGACAUUAUUGCACCAGGACUUCUGCCCCAGGCUUAGGACUGUACUCCCUUUGUCCACGGAUUUGGCUGGCACAUUUUUCGAGAGCUUGUGUCAACUAGAGACCGUCGAGAUCACGUGGUGCGGUGAUCUCACGGAGGUAUUUCCUCUGGACAUCGACACCAAGAGGUAUGUGGAGCGGCAGCUGCAGCCAGUGACCCUAGACCUGCCCAAGCUGAAGCGCAUCCACUUGCACGAGCUCCCCAUGCUAUUGCACAUCUGUGAGCUGAGGCUGUCCGCGCCCAAUCUCGAGACCGUCAAGAUCAGGGGCUGCUGGAGCCUCAGGCGGCUUCCGGUCGUCGGCCAUGGCGGCAACAAGGUGGUGGAGUGCGACUGCGAGAAGGAAUGGUGGGACAGCUUGGAGUGGGAGGAUGGCUCGCACAAGAGAGACUACAAACCGAUCCACUCCCGGUAUUACAAGAAGACCCUGCUCAGGGGCACCGUGCUCCGCUGAGGCAAUCCAGAACAGGUCGCCCCUUCAUUGGACAUUUGGACGUACUGCAGCAGCUAGACACCAGAGUCGCUCGCUGCUGGCCUGCUGGUGUCUCUGUUUCCUUCGUCAUUUGUGUGUGUAGUUGUGGUUUGCAUCUUCAUCGGUUUGCUUUGCUUCGGUUUAUCUGGUACGGUCGGCCUUCCUCGGCCGAUGGAUCCAGCCGUCCAUCCAUCACUGCUACGUCAGGUUGAACUGUUGAAGGUGAGGGUCAUCAUGCCAUCUUGUUGGAGAAGAUGGUGUGAUGCUGACGGGCCUGUGUGCUCUGUCGUCUCACCAGUGUGAGAAAUAAAAAAAAAAACAAGAGGAUUCAGUUCAGGAGCUGAAUUCCCUUGAGCCUGUGCAGCCGCAGCAUGCGACAUGCCCUCCUAUGUAUGCAUGCCGCCGCUGCUAGUAUAUUGCUGCUUCCUUGUCUUGUGUGUUCAUUUGUGGUGUGUGUGCCGUGCUGCUGUGGCUUGUGACUUGUAUGUUUGGCGUGCCUAUAUGUUUUGUAUGGAGUGGAGUGGUCAAUGGUAUUGUUGCUCCACUCAUAUUUAUAAC